AUGCGGCUGAUCUUAUUUUUAUUGAUUGUAUCUAUUGAUGCUAGCAGAUACUCUUUAAAUCCAGAACGGGUGACGUGGUGGCAGAUUAAAGGAGAUUCUAAUCAAGGACCGUCUUAUGCUCAGCCUGAGCAAGUUGCUCUCAGUUAUGGAGGAGACCCGACAUCUAUGUGGAUUACGUGGGUAACAUUCGAUGAUACAUUCAUUUCUAUAGUGGAAUACGGGACUGAUAAAUUUAUGUGGUCGAAAAUGGGCAAUACAUCGCUGUUCAUCGAUGGCGGUCUCAGCAGGACAAAAAGAUAUGUACAUAGAGUGCUACUUACGAACCUUAAGCCUGGCACUCGAUACAUAUAUCACGUUGGUUCUGAAUAUGGAUGGAGUCCGAUUUUCACCUUUAAAGCUCUCGCUGAAAGAUCCGAUGGUGGCUUUAUUUAUGCUGUAUAUGGUGAUUUGGGCAAUGAGAAUGCAAGAUCUCUGGGGAAAAUACAAAAGGAAGCCCAGCUUGGGCUUAUCGAUGUUGUUCUUCACAUUGGUGAUAUCGCUUAUAAUUUGGAUACGGAUGAUGGGAAAUUCGGUGAUCAAUUUGGCCGCCAAAUUGAACCUGUGGCCGCUUAUAUACCAUAUAUGACUGUGGUAGGAAAUCAUGAAAAUGCUUACAAUUUUUCGCAUUUUGUGAAUCGUUAUACAAUGCCAGACAGUGAACACAAUUUGUUUUACAGCUUUGAUUUGGGUUCAGCUCACUUUAUAGCGUUUUCCACUGAAUUUUAUUACUUCACUGAUUACGGAUUGGAACAAAUUGUAAAUCAAUGGAACUGGCUUAAUGCUGACUUAAAACGCGCCACUAAGAAUCGAAAUGAAAGACCUUGGAUAAUAACUAUGGGCCAUAGGCCGAUGUAUUGCUCAAACUUCGACGACGAUGACUGCACAAAAUAUGAAUCGUUGGUGCGCGUUGGAUUACCUGGUAUGCAUAAUUAUGGCCUUGAAAAAUUAUUUUAUACCUAUGGUAUAGACCUAGAAAUAUGGGCGCAUGAACAUUCUUAUGAGAGAAUGUGGCCGCUUUAUAACCGUACAAUUUACAAUGGAACGAGAGGACCUUACAUAAAUCCUCCAGCACCUGUCCAUGUCAUCAGUGGAUCAGCGGGUUGUAAAGAAAACACGGAUCCAUUCGUAGAGCAUCCCUCUCCAUGGAGUGCAUUCCGUUCAUCUAAUUAUGGGUUCAGUCGUAUGCACAUUUUCAAUGCUACACACCUUUAUUUCGAACAAAUAGCCGAUGAAAUCGAAGAUAGCUUUUGGCUGAUAAAAGAAGUACAUGGUCCAUAUAGAAGAAGUCAUGCGGAAAAGCUCAAAAAAAUUGGCACAUAUGUUCCUUAUGAUUACUUUCAUGAAUGA